CGCCUGGUCGGUCGGGCUCCUCAGACUUGCCUGGGCACUCGUGAGAGCGCCGCCAGUGUGCUCCAGCAAAUGGCCUCCUACACCGCCUACAGCGGUUACUCCAAGCCGCCUCUGUCUUACGCCGCCUCGUACUACGACGAGAAGCGUCCGGCUUACACGGGGGGGGCUUACACGGGGGGGGCCUACACGGCGCCUUACACGGCGCCUUACACGGCGCCCUACUCGGACUACAGCGACAACAAGGACAGCCUGUACGAGGAGAAGAAGAUCAUCGAGAGGAGAAAGCGCAAGUACGCCUAUUGCUGCGAGGUGAUCGCCCUGGUCAUCGGCUUCAUCGGGCUGAUCGGCGUGGCGGCCGUGACGGGCCUGCCCAUGUGGAGGGUGACGGCCUUCAUCGAGGAGAACAUCAUCGUGAUGGAGACGCGUUGGGAGGGCUUGUGGAUGAACUGCUACAGACAGGCCAACAUCCGGAUGCAGUGCAAGGUGUACGACUCGCUGCUCUUCCUGCCGCCCGACCUGCAGGCGGCCCGCGGGCUCAUGUGCGCCUCGGUGGCCAUCACCUUCUUCGCGCUCGUCGUGUCGGCCGUGGGGAUGAAGUGCACCAAGGUGGUGGACUACCGCGCCCGCACCAAGCACAUCGUGCUGGUGGUGGGCGGCUCGCUCUUUCUGCUGGCCUGCGUCACCACGCUGAUCCCCGUGUCCUGGACGGGCCACCGGAUCAUCCAGGAGUUCUACGACCCGCUGCUGAUCGACGCCCAGCGCCGGGAGCUGGGCGAGGCGCUCUACAUCGGCUGGGUGACGUCGGCCUUGCUCUUCGCCGCCGGCGUCAUCCUGCUGACUCGCCACGCCCCGCGCACCCAGAAGCCCGAGGAGAGGGUCAUCUACAACCCCGCCUCGUACGUCUACCAGCCCGGGUCGGCGUACGGGCCCGGGUCGGCGUACGGGCCGCCCGCCAACUACCAGCCCGCGUACUCCUACCAGCCCGCCUACCAGCCCGCUUACUCCGCCCCCCCGCCGGGCUCUGUGGCCUACGCGCCGGUCCGGUAGGCCCAAAAUUCCACAGAGACCGAAAGUGGCUUUUUGAUCGGUCGUCAGGUGGCGUCGAUUUCGAAACUCGCUUGGAAAAAGCUGAAAAAAAUAUUCCAUGUUUUUUUUUGUGGAACGUAUUCUUUUAAUGUGUUCAAUCAAGCAGCGGUGUGUUUUGACAAAUUGUUGAAACCAUUGUACAGAUUGUGAAUUUGUUUUCACAUUCUUAUACUUUGCAUUACUGCCAGGUGAUUUUUAUAUUUGCUAGUGAGGCUUUAUGAAGUGUAAAUAGAUGAUUGCGAUUUCAAGGGCCCACCACCGGCGGUGCUUAAUAAAUGGAGAAAAAAAGGC